UCACUAGCUCUUCAGGCUGAGCAGAAUCGCUCUGAAUCCACGCCAAUGGCACCCACUGUUUUUGGACAGACAACCAAGGACCACCUGACCCCUGCUCACAAGCUGAGAAAGCCGAUGGUGGAAAAACUGCGCAGAGACCGCAUCAACACCAGCAUCGAGCAGCUAAAAUCCCUGCUGGGUCCCGAGUUUCUCAGGCAGCAGCCCGACUCCAAGCAGGAGAAGGCAGACAUCCUGGAGAUGGCCGUGUCAUACCUGAGAUGCUGGCAGCAGCAGAAGCAGCAGCAGCAGCAGCCGGGCAGGCUGACCCCUGGCCUCAUGACGGCCGGUGACGGCUACUCCCACUGCGUCCGGGAGGCGGUCAGCUUCCUCUCCCACUGCGAGGUCCAGACUCAGGCCCACAGGCUGCUGCUCAGCCACUUCCAGGGUCUCCAGACCUCCAGCCGGACCGGUCAAAGCCCCUGCGGCCUCUCGCCUCCCGGCUCUCCUCUCCGUCAGGUCAACUCCGGCAAGGGUGUGGGCCCAGCGGGCAGCACUCUGUGGAGACCCUGGUAGGGUCCGGCAGAGCCUGACCUCCACCCAGAGAAAAAACUACGUCUGUGAACGUCAUGGACAGAAAGUUGAGGACUCACUGAAGUCUCGAUGCCUUUUGCUUUGGCAGAAGAUGCAAUGUAGUUCAUUGUUACACCAUGUGGUGAAAAUGGCACAGUGUGCCCUCAUUUUCCGAGGAAAAGACUGAAAUGAUUCAGGUUUUACUGAAUAUAUACAUCAUAUGUAAAGAUAUUGUUCCUGUGGAAAAAAAAAACGUCAGAUUUGUUUAUUGAGAAACAUAACUGAGUUAUUUUAACCCUACUGUUAUGGUGUCUGAGACACUGCUUGAAGGAUGUGUGUUGUCAAUCUCUGAUACUAAGUAUCUCUGAGUGAUAUAUUCCAUUAGCUUUUUGCUGAUGAAUUAAAAACAAGCCAUGAAAGGAUCCCAUGGAUCCACCUCUAAUGUAAAUCCUAUUAGGAUUAUUGUUAACAAUUUAUGAUGACUUUUUGUAUCCAUUAUUUGGCAUAUAUGUGAAUGCAUGUUACUGGCAUUUUUUGCUGUUAAUUGUCCGCUUGUGAUGUUCAUAACAGAUGAUUUUCAUCUACCAGUGAAAAAAACUGGAAUAUACACCUUUUGUAAAGGCGUUUUGUGUUGAAUAUAAUAUUCUUUAAAAGAAUCUUCUUGUUUUUCCUCCUUGAGAGGUUUCUUUUUAAAAAUGUGGAAAAGAAAUAAAGGACAACUUCUUGUGAAGUUAUAUUAUCAAAAA